AUGGGUAAAGAUAAUAUUUUUUUGAUCAUGUUUCUUGUACUGUUAUCAGUGCUUAAAGAAAGUUUAACUAAUGAUUCUUUGAUUAAUGAAAACAAGAACUUAGUUGAAAUUGUUUAA